CACUGUCUCCCUUGUUCCAUUUUCAGCUCCAAGCAACUGAGGAAGAGUAGAAAUGGCGUCGUCGGCGAGAGAAUGGAUUGAAGAAGACGAAACGGCGAAGCAAUUUCUCACUAGGGUUUUCUCCGAGCGGCCAUUUCUACCAUUACCUCCACCUCUUCAUCGCAUUCCUCUCCGUCCUGGCAAUGUUGUAGAAAUCGUCGGUCCUUCCCCUUCUUCAAAAACUCGCAUUCUUAUGCAGGCUGCUAUUAAUUGUAUUUUGCCUAAGGAGUGGAAGGGUGUAAACUAUGGAGGCUUGGAGCGAUUAGUUAUGUUUGUUGACCUGGAUUGUCGUUUUGAUGUGUUAAGCCUUUCACGAUUACUGAAGCAGCGGAUCAUUCAAGCAAAUGGCAAUGGCAUAGGCCACAAGCUAAAUAAGGUGGAUGAUUCUCCUAGUGGAUCAAAGGAUGCACACACCGAAUAUGACAAAGAAUUGUUCGCUGUCAGCAUGAGAAGGUUCUCGUACAUCCGCUGUUAUGAUAGUUUUGAAUUUCUUGCUACUCUUAAGACGUUGCAUUUCCAACUUCAAAAGGAAAAAGAGGCACAUGGCAGUGGUGUUUAUUUGCUUAUGAUUGACAGUAUUGGAGCUUUUUAUUGGAUGGAUCGUGCUUCACCAUCUAUACCGCCAGGGAGCAACAACAGGAGAAGUCUCUCUUUGCAAAGUGUGUCAGACAUUGCUGUUCAAGAGAUCCAGAAGAUUCUUGUGGUGCAUCCGAUGCUUGUUCUAACUACAAAAGCAGCAAGUUUACAGGAUAAAUUUACAUCUCGUGAAGUUAUUAGGAGUACAGGGCAGUUGUCUGAUGAGAGUAACUUGGACUCGAGGACCAUUAGGAGUAGUACUAAUGCUCAACUGUAUCGGGAGUAUAUGCCUUCAGUAUGGCAGUCCUUUGUUUCACACAGAAUACUUGUGCGCCGUUCAGAUGAUAGUAAAUAUCAAAAGAAGCCCAUCUAUUUAUCGGAAUGGCUGUUGCCAUCCUUGAAGUUAUCAGACAAAUUUACAAUCAAUGAAGAUGGAGCAUACAUCGUAUCGUGAAAUUCAAAUGAUUUUGGACUGGCUUUUCUCAACCUGAGGUCAAGCAUUUAAACUGAAGCCCAAAAUGAAAUUCCAAAAAUGUCACUUGCUCUUCUGGUAGUAGUUUCAACUGUAAGUUAAUUUCUGUUCAUAUCCCUCUCUCUUCAUAGAUACUUGGUUUUGUGUGGAUAUAUUUUAUUCAAUUACUCUCUGUGGCAUGCUAAAGGAAGUAAGAUGCAAUUAUGGAAGCUUUCUACCUAUUCAGAUUCUAAUGAGAUGCAUACCAUACUGAGGCAUGUUCGGCAUGAAAUGAACCCGGAAUGGAAGCCACUGGAGCAGGAGUGGAGAGAAAGCGAAAGAGGAAAGGUGUUUUCCCAUUUGAUUGAUCGACUCAGAGUUGGUCCAAAUUUUAGAGUGAUGUGAAUGGUGGUUUGUAGGACUCAAAGGUCUUUGCAAGUUCUGGCAACCUGAGAGAAGAUGACAUCCAUCUGCUUUCCACCAGCCAAUGUAAAUGACAACCAAGGCAAGAAAGAAAAGACGUUAAAUAGUUCUUGCGUAACUUGGUGAUUCUUGAAUGUUUUCUGAGUUUGUGACACAAAUCUGGAGAAGAGGAAAAACUGGACAGUGAAGCAGAAGCUGGAGAAAGAAGUUAAAGCUGCAUUUUUUCCAAUUGGCAAUCUUUCGUGUUGCUUUUGUGAUGUUUUGUAUAUAAGAUAAUAACUAGGAAUGGCAAGAAGUCUUGUUUGGGGAGUUCUUAGGAUAUAUGCUGUGUUUUUAGAUAAAUUAAUGAAAUGACUCGACUCCUGACCAAAAUGGUCAUUGGGAAAAAAUUUGCUCGUACCUUGUAUUUACACCAAGCAAAUGAAUGCAAGACAUGUAUUUAGUACUA